AUGAAUUGUUUAUGUUUAUGUUCUUUAUACUCAAAAUCAAUAAGUGCUUAUUUUAGCGAAUUUUCUUCUACGAAUAUAUAUAAGUCAUAUCUAAGACUUCCAUCCGUGCUUUAUUACGUUUGUAUGAUGCAUACAAUGAUGCCAAAUCAGCUUGAUGCUGUUGGUAUUCAGUCGUCCGAAAGCCUGUUGAUGUGA